AUGGCCUUUAUUCAUGCGUCAGGAAGGAAUUCUACAUUUUCCUCAUCGAUAGGGUUGCAUGUGAACGGACAGGAUUCAUUAGUGCAACCGCUAUUAACGGAUUACUACCAGAUCACGAUGUGUUACGGCUAUUGGCUCGCUGGCUCACAUGAUGAAAUCGCAGUUUUCGACCUCUUUUUCAGAAAUAAUCCGUUCAAUGGUGAAUUCACUGUGUUUGCUGGUCUCGAAGACUGCCUUCGUUUUAUGGAAAACUUCAAGUUCAGCAAUAGUGAUAUCGACUACAUCAAAACACUGCUACCAGAUGACUGCAAUCCUGCUUUUUUCGAGUACCUCGCUCAGCUGGAUUGCAGUCGGAUGAAAAUUGAAGCUAUUCCUGAAGGAUCGGUAGUGUUCCCCAAAGUGCCAUUGAUGACCGUGGAGGGACCUUUGGCAAUCUGCCAGUUCCUGGAGACAACGUUUCUAAAUCUCAUCAACUACGCCUCAUUGAUCGCUACAAAUGCCGCCAGAUUCAGACAGGUCGCUGGUGAUGAAGUACAAAUGUUCGAAUUUGGGCUCCGUCGUGCACAAGGACCCAAUGGUGGCCUCACUGCGAGCAAGUAUUGCUACAUUGGAGGCUUCGACGGAACUAGCAACGUACUAGCGGGAAAAUUGUUCGGAAUCCCGGUUAAAGGAACGCAAGCGCACAGCUUCGUAUGUUCAUUCUCCUCAUCAAACGAUCUACGAGUACGGUCACUCAGAAGUAAGGACGGAUCGCGAGAAUGUGAUCUCUACGGGCUUAGUGCCGAGAAGAGAAGACUUAUAAUGGAAAAGAUAGACUGGGGUGUGAUCGAGACUGAAGUUAGCGAAGGAGAACUGGCUGCGUUCGUUGCGUAUGCGAUCGCAUUUCCCAGUUCAAAUCUAUCUCUCAUUGAUACCUACGACAUUUUGAGAAGUGGCGUCAUUAAUUUCAUAGCCGUCACUUUGGCUCUUUUCGAUCUUGGAUACAAAUCUAUUGGUUGUCGGAUAGACAGCGGAGAUCUUUCUUAUCUAUCGAAAGAAGUUCGAGCACGAUUUAGAAAAGUCGCUGAUUUAAACCCUGAUUGGGAAUGGAUUGCGAAUUUGACAAUUGUCGCUUCAAAUGACAUCAAUGAGGAGACGAUCGUGUCGUUGAAUGAGCAAUCCCAUGAAAUUAACGCUUUCGGUAUAGGAACUCACCUUGUUACCUGCCAAAAGCAGCCAGCACUCGGCUGCGUUUACAAGUUAGUUGGUCUCUCCGGACAUCCAAAAAUAAAAUUGAGCCAAGAUGUAUCGAAGAUAACCAUACCGGGACGGAAAAAGUGCUUUCGACUUUACGGGAAGACCGGCUAUUCUAUCUUGGACUUGAUGAUGCUCGAAGAUGAGCAAGUUCCGACGGAGAACACCCAGAUUUUGUGUCGUCAUCCAUUUGAGGAGUCAAAGAGGGCAUUGGUGAUGGCGAGCAAAGUUGAACAGCUCCAGCAAGUUUUCUGGUGCAACGGAGCUAUUGUACAAGAACUGCCUGGGAUCAAUACUAUCAGGGAUCGAGUGAACAAAUCUCUUCGUACAUUAAGAAAAGAUCAUCGUCGUUCGUUCAAUCCUACACCGUAUAAGGUCUCAGUAUCCGAGAAGUUGUACAACUUUCUGCAUGCUCUUUGGCUACAGAACGCUCCAAUAGGCCAACUGGAAUAA